AUGAACUCUUACUUGUUCACUACCUUCAUCUUUGCCGCCGUCAUCUCUCUCGGUUGCUCACGCUCAACCAGAGCUGCCACGUGUCAUCCCGAUGACGAGGCGGGUCUCUUAGCUUUCAAAGCGGGCAUAACCAAAGAUCCUUUGGGUAUCCUCAGCGGCUGGAAGAAAGGAACUCACUGCUGCUCAUGGAUGGGUGUCAUCUGCAUCACUGAUGACCGCGUCACCGAACUCAGAAUAUCAGGAUCCAACGUCCUUGGCGUAGGUUUCCUCUCCGGAACCAUCUCACCGUCGCUGGCCAAACUUGAGCACCUCGAGGCUGUUUCCUUCACCUACCUUCUAAAUAUCUCUGGACCUUUCCCUCAGUUCCUUUUCAAAUUACCAAAGCUUAGGUACGUUACCAUCAGAGAUAACCAUCUAUCCGGCCCGAUUCCAGCAAAUAUCGGUACGCUAACCGAGUUGGUAGAGCUCGAUCUCGAGGGAAACCGGUUAACCGGUCCAAUUCCGAGUUCUAUAUCCAAUUUAACCCGGUUAACUUGGCUCAAUCUUGGCGGGAACAGCCUCUCUGGACCCAUCCCGGACAUUUUCAAAACAAUGAAAGAGCUCCGUCUUCUCGAUCUCUCACGUAAUGGAUUCUAUGGGAAACUUCCCCCGUCCACUGCAUCACUUGCACAGAGUCUUACAUCUCUAUAUCUGAGCCAGAAUAAUCUCUCAGGGACAAUCCCUGAUUAUUUCUCAAGAUUCAAGGCCCUUUCCACGUUUGAUCUCUCCAAGAACCGGUUUACUGGAGUCGUACCGAUGAGUUUUACCAAGCUGAAGGAUCUUUUUCAUCUCAAACUCUCCCACAAUCUCUUAACCGGCCCACUCCCCGCCUUGAAUCCGGUUAACGGCAUUGCCUCUCUGGACCUAUCCUACAACAAAUUUCAACUGAAAACGAUCCCACAAUGGGUGACUUCGUCACCGUCCAUGUAUGACUUGAAGCUGGUUAAAUGUGGUAUCAAGAUGAACAUAGAAGAUUGGAAGCCAGUGAAAACCAAAGAUUUUAUUUACAUGGAUCUUUCUAAAAACGAGAUCUCAGGGAGUCCAGCAACGUUCUUGAACCAGGCGGAGGCUCUGCAGGAGUUCCAAGCAUCGGGAAACAAACUCCAUUUCGACUUAGGGAAGCUGAAUUUCACCAAGUCGCUGAGAAUCUUGGAUUUGUCAAGAAAUCUGGUCUAUGGGAAGGUGCCAGCGUCCGUGGCUGGACUGAGAAAACUAAGCUUGAGUCAAAACCAUCUUUGUGGAAAGCUUCCGUUGACUAAGUUUCCGGCCAGCGUGUUCGCCGGCAACGACUGUCUCUGCGGCUCUCCACUUGCUCCUUGUAAGACUUGAGCGGCAAGAAAACUACAACUUUGUAUUUGGAUACAAUGAU